AUGGGUUUAACAGAGACGAUCCGGCGGACGGUGAAGGCAGGAUGUCCAUCAACGUCCAUCGACGUCCAGGGUCACUUUGCAUUUGUCACUUUUGAGGAUGGCUACACUGCCAAAAUCUUUAAAACAUGUGACAUUCUGGAUGCGAAUGACAGCCCCAUUGGACAGUUGGAUGUCUUGAGGCCAGGAGAAAGGGUCCUAGCCAGAUGGAGUGAUGGGAGAUUUUACAGCGCCACUGUGAAUUAUAUUGGGCCAAAUACAGGCAUGCAAAAAAAACCCAAAAAGGACAUAAGAAAGAAUAUCCCUGCAGAUGUAUAUUAUCGCCAGCACUCCUCCCCCAAGUUGACUGAUGUCCACUCUUCAACAAAUGUCAGCGCCCACUUUUUGCCAUCGCCUCCUGUCCAGGGGCCUCCUUCCCAAGGCCACGCUCUGCCUUCGCCUCCUUCCCAAGGCCACGCUCUGCCUUCGCCUCCUUCCCAAGGCCACGCUCUGCCUUCGCCUCCUUCCCAAGGCCACGCUCUGCCAUCUCCUCACACCCUCAAACAGUACACUACCCUGUACCCUCCGAAACGGCCUAAGCCACUCCACCUCAAUGUGGAUUCGCCAGUGCAAUGUGAGUCGCAGGCACACAGUUCAACCAAUAUUCUGAUUCCUUCCACAACCAAGAUGAUGCUAGUUCAGACUUCUCGCCCUGAGACAGAUGAAAAUCUGAGCACAAGUUCAUCUUCUUGUACAAGCACCCUGAUAGUUGACAGAAGCCCUCAAAGUGAAUAUGGAGAACCCAUUGAGGAUGUAGCACAGAGUGACAGAAGGUCCUGGCAGCCAUGUCAGAGGUGUGGUCCAGAGUUGAGAAAACUUGAAAAAGAGAAGAAGAGGAUGGAGGACAUUCUCUGCAGCAUAAAGCCAGAAGACAUCAGAGUGGCUCGAGGAUUUCUUAAAAAUGUUGCUCUGUACCAGGAGAGCCCUGCAGCCUUGAUCCACCCGUCACAGAAGGCUCUUCAGGAGCUCUUUCCCAAUAGUGGCCUGUUCCUGUCAUCCUUCAAGCUUGCCUCCAUAAUGCACCAAUGUGACCAUGACAGCCUUCGACUUUUCCAUCUCCUUUUUGAACACUUCUUCACCGCAGAGGAGUGCACCAAUGCAGUGGCUUUCGGACGACAUGGCAAGAUACCAGAGGGGAAGCAGCUGCUUGACCAAAGCAAAGUUGAUGGAAUUCUGAACCUCAAUCCUCAUGUUGACACCAUCUGCUUGGAUCUGAUCGCCUGCCAUUUCUGCAGUCUUCAAGGCUUCAGCAUCUGGAACUCUCUGGGCAGCGUUCGCCGUUUUGUGUUGGCAGCUGUUCGGCUGGGAUCCACCUCUUCCUCUGGGCACGGACUGAGCUGGCUCCAGACCAACAAGAACGGCGGAGACCCCACAGCUCGAACCCCAACGGCCCAGAGCCAUGAGCUGAACCGGACUUCUGCUGGAACCUGCUUGUGGACUGAACUGGAGAUGCUUCCUGACUUCAACCAGGAUUUCCCUUUGAGGUUCCUGCCUCAGAUGCUGUAG